UUUUGACAGUUGCCAGCACUUGACAGAUGAAAGGCAUCGCCAUAUUUAUUUUUAUUGACUAAAAUCUGUGUUAAACGUCAACAGUACUGUGUGUCUGUGCCGAAAGAACGAAUACUUGUCGAUAGUCUGAGAUAACUGUAUAACAAAACAGAAAAGAGAAGCAGAGCCAGUGCCGACAAUGAACAGAGGUGACGGUUUAGUACAGAGACGUAACAUAAUUCGGGAAAAUGGUGAAGGUGUGCCUAAAGAUUCACAAGGUGAAGACAAGAAGCCAGAGAGAGAUGAGUUCGUGGACGACGGGGACUCCAAAGAAACCAGAUUGACCCUCAUGGAAGAGGUCCUGCUGCUUGGUCUGAAGGAUAAAGAGGGUUACACUUCAUUCUGGAAUGAUUGCAUCUCGAGUGGUCUUAGAGGUUGCAUUUUGAUUGAGCUUGGCCUAAAGCUGAAAGUGGAACUGGAGAAAGCAGGCAUGAGACGCAAAGGCCUUCUCACUAGGAAAUUAAUUUUGAAAAAUGAUGUAGCAGCCGGUGAUGUUUUAUUGGAUGAGACACUUAAACAUCUCAAAGAUACAGACCCUCCAGAAACAGUGCAGAGUUGGAUUGAAUAUCUCAGUGGGGAAACCUGGAAUCCUUUGAAACUACGCUAUCAGCUUAAAAAUGUGCGGGAACGUCUUGCCAAGAAUCUUGUGGAGAAAGGAGUUCUGACUACAGAAAAGCAGAACUUCUUGCUGUUCGAUAUGACUACUCACCCUUUAACAGACAAUAUCACAAAAACCCGCUUAGUUAAAAAGAUCCAGGAUGCAGUAUUAACUAGAUGGGUGAAUGAUCCGCAACGCAUGGACCAAAGAACGCUUGCCUUGAUUUUCCUUGCACACGCAAGCGAUGUCUUGGAAAAUGCAUUUGCACCACUGAAUGACGAUGACUACGAGCUGGCUAUGAAACGAGUGAGAGAAUUGCAAGAUUUAGAUUUCGAGCAAGAGUCUGUAAAGCCGAACAGCAAUGAAGUCCUCUGGGCAGUGUUCGCCGCGUUCACAAAGUAAUCUUUCGAAAAUUUUGAUCCAAUUUUUGUAAUUUAAGAAUUCUAUCUGUUAUUUCGUGAAAACUAUAUUCAAAGAUUAUAUGUAUACAGUAUUCUACGUAAUAACUAUAAACAAUACAACAUAAAGAAAAAAAACUAGUAGACGUGACGAGGAAAGGCAUCACCAUGUUUCCAUUGAUUUCGCUCAUUCAGUGAUAGAAAUGAAGAAGCAAAAUGAAAAAUUAUUUCUAUUUUCUUCUCGAUUUCGUUUCUUUUUUUUUUAUUUACAACACUACAUACAGGGUAAAAUGAUUUGAUCGUAUGUUGUGCUUUUAAAGAAAAUUAUAUCUACUGUUUGUUUUUUUUUAUUAAGCCCUUGCAUUAUUUUAUUCUUCGGUGGCAUAGGAAGAUCCGUGACAUUAAAAGGUACAUUUCUUUGUUACUUAAAAAUGAUUGGCUUCUCUACAUCAAUGUUCCUUGGUCGGUAAUAAUUAUGUGCGAUACACAAGAUAAAAGAAUUAAUGAUGAUUCAGAUUAUAUAUAUAUAUACAAAUAUUA